AGUACCGGCCAGUAAAAAUCCCGCACCCUGUGCUGCACGAGACCGCAGACUCAGCAGCGCAAUAAGCGGAGCGGGCGCACGCGCGCCUUUACGUGUGUUUUAUCGGCUUCAUGUGAGCAUUAAGGCGUAAACGUUAACGGUUUGCUCGUGAGCGGUUGUUUGGGUUGAUCUUCGCCUCUAUAUAUAAGUGUUACAAAGAGCCGGAGGCGCGGCUGUGAGAUGGCGGACGGAGCGCGCGGCACCGAGGUCUCGCGCGCCCUGAACCGACGAUGACGGCAGCGCGGAGCUCGAGCGAACGCGGCGGAAGUGGAGUUGCAGACGGUGAUGGAGAGGGAAGCGCGAGAGCGUCCCGGGAUCAGGCCGGAGCCGCGCACCUCAACCUCGGCGUGUUGGAGUCGGUCGCCACCGUGGGUACAGGCACUUUCGGCCGCGUGGUGCUGGUGCAGGAUCGCAAAUCCAAGGGCUACUUUGCAUUAAAGUCCAUGAAAAUCGUGGAUUUAAUCCGACUGAAACAGCAGCAACAUGUUCACAAUGAGAAAGAAGUCCUUAUGGAAGUCAAUCAUCCUUUUAUCGUCAAACUGUUCUGGACUUGGCAUGAUGAUCGGUGUCUCUUCAUGCUGAUGGAGUUUGUGCCUGGCGGUGAGCUCUUCACCUACCUGCGCAGUCGUGGAAAGUUCAGUAACGACACGAGUCUGUUCUUCGCAGCAGAAAUCAUUUGUGCACUGGAGUAUCUUCACUCUAAAGACAUCGUCUACAGAGACCUGAAACCGGAGAACAUCCUGCUGGACCGCGAAGGCCACGUCAAACUCACUGACUUCGGAUUCGCCAAGAAGAUGGUAGACAGGACGUGUACAUUAUGUGGAACACCAGAGUAUCUGGCGCCCGAGAUUAUUCAGGGCAAAGGUCAUGGUCUGGCAGUGGACUGGUGGGCCCUGGGUGUGCUAAUUUUUGAAAUGCUGUCUGGGUAUCCACCGUUUUUUGACGAUAACCCCUUCGGUAUUUACCAGAAGGUUCUCUCGGCCAAGCUGAACAUCCCUCGGCAGCUGGACUUCCAUGUGAAAGAUCUCAUCAAGAAGCUGCUUGUCGUCGAUAAAUCUAAGAGACUUGGCAACCUGAGAGGAGGUGCGGAGGAUGUGAAGAACCACAAAUGGUUUCGAUCUGUAGACUGGGACGUCGUUCCUCAGAGAAAACUGAAGUCAGCCGAUCAUCAUUCCUGCGGUCGCACAUGAGGGCGAUCCGUCGAAUUUCGAGACUUAUCCUGAAGAAAAACGCAAAAAAGAACCUGCCGUUUCCCCGAAGGACCUGGAGAUUUUCAAGAACUUUUAAAUACAAACAGGGAUAUUGAUACUUAUUUAUGUCUUUUGCAUCUUUCCACUAAGGGCAUGUGCUGAUAAUCUGCGAUACGACGCAUCUCGCUGUGUCCAACAUGAGCACAGGAAGCAAAAUGUCUGAACAACAUGGUUUACUGGUCUACAUGAACUCUCUUCACUAACAUUCUACACAAGCUCUGAACUGCAAGACAUGCAGAAAGAUCUACAUCAUUAUUCUGAUUGUGUUUGAUUGUCUUAUGUCCAGUUCAUCAUUCCAAUACAUCAGCUUGGUAUUUUGACUUAAUAACAUUAUGACAAACAUUUUGAGUUAUCUCAUAAAUCUCAUUAUUUUAACAGAUCACACUGGAAAUACAACGAGUUAUAAAUGAUUAGAAAUAACACCAUCGGAUUUCAGCUCAUGAAACGUCCUCGUCUGUAGGAUGCCAGGAUUGGUUGUCAUGGUUACAGCUUUCCUGGGGUGCUUCUUCACAGUUCUGUUUGAAAGACUAGCAGAUAAACACUCAGUGGUGUCUCUGGUGAGAUCUGUAGCGACUUACAGAAGUACUUUAUAAUGAAAUAUCACACACUUAUGGCGAGGUGAGAAACUGGGUACUGGCACAUGUUUGUUUCCACUUGGUCUUGUUCUCUUGUGUCAUGUGUAGAAUUGUAUCGUAGCUAUAAUCUAUGCACUUUGUUAAAUGUUUUUGUUUGUUAUGCAAAAUUCACAUAACCUUUAUCGUAAGUUAUUCCAAAUGUACCUGUCUCUUCUCUGGGAAUGAUUAUGCAAAUUAUGUUAAUGAUCUAUGCAGAUCCAUUUGUUUAAGUCGCUCUGAUUUGAUCUGUCUGGAUGUGAUCGUGUUUUCUGCUGUAACUGUAUGCGUAUGAUGCUAAUGGAAUUAACUUUGUAGCUACUCUUUGUUUGUUUGAUGUGAUGAGAUGCUUGAUUAUGGAAUAAAUUUUUCCAAAGAUA